AUGUCAUAUCAUAAUGGACAGGAUUUCUAUCCUGGUUAUCAAGCCUACAACGAAUUCUUUCCCGGUCAAGGACAAGAAGGCCCCGGUAACAUAAACUUCCUUCCGCCUACGUCACAAGGAACCCCACCGAUUAGCCUAGAACAAUCUUUACAUCCCGGCGUUACCCUCAACCCAGACGGCCAUUAUAUGCAUGGAGAUAUGAUUCCAACUCCUGCAACUCCUGAAUCCAUGACGUUAGCAACUCCAGAAGGACCGUACAUUACAACUGGGCUACACCCACGUUCUUUGGCAGCACACGGAUUCACAACAACAUUCUCACAUAAUCACCCGCGCGCCGAACUUACAGGAGAAGCAUGGUGACACCACGUGAUGAGUAACACUGAAAGCUUUACACAUCCCCAUCAUAAUCAUCACCAUCAUCAACAACAACAACAACAACAACAACAACAGCAGCAACAACAACAACAACCACAACAACAACAUCACCAAAAGCAACAACUACUUUUAGUACAACAACUACUGCAACUACGACAAGAAA